AUGAGUUCAAGGAGACCCAAGAGCAAAGAGGCCCGUAAAAUCAAGGGAAAAGAUAAAAAAAAGGAGAAUAAUGUUCCCACCGCAGAUGAAGGUGCAUCAGAACCUGAUCAUCCCGACUACAUCUUCCCACUGGUCCUGACCUCUGCCACACAGGAGCUGUUUGGUUGCCGGGCAGAUGAGGAUUUAACCGGAGAAAAUCCUUACAAGCUGCUGAAAAAAGAAGACAUCAUACAGGACAUGAAAACCAGAGCGUCCGUGUCUGACUUCAGCCCCAUCAAACAAUUAGUGCUGGACUACCCUGAAGAUGAACUUCUGCUGGUGUUCGACAGAGACUUCAUAUACGGACAGAGCUUCUAUCUGGUGCUCACAGUAGAGGCCAAAGAAAAUAUACUGAAGCCUUCAGUACAGGGUGAUGAUGAAGAGCAGAUAAAGCAUGAAGAGGAGGAGGAGGAGGAGAUGAUCAUACCAAAAACUCCAGAGUCUCACCCAUGGAUCUCUCUGGGGAGCGAGCAGGAGAUCGAGGAAGAGUCGGUCACAGAGUCCAGACCCAGACUCAGGUAUAAGAUCUCUCCUCUGCUGCGGCGCUGUGGCGCUCCGGUGUGUUUCUCCGACCGCAGCGCUCUGGACGGGAAGGAGGGAUUCGUGGAGUGCCCGUCAUACCAGGACAAGAGCUUCAGCAUCAGAGAGAUGGAGAGACACACGGCCAUUCAGGCCUCCAGCGACACCAAACACUCAUCCACUCAGACACUGUGGAAGUACCCAAGGAACAUGUGGACCCAGUACGAGUCCCGAGAGUUCGGCCCGGAGGAGAAAGAAAAUCACCUGCGAUCAGAAAACCUGAAGAACUUCAUCACAUCUGUACUGAUAAGGUUUGAAAUCUCCCUGCAGCAGAAUCACAUCACUGAUGUUUUCUGUGACGACUGGACGGCGCUGUGUGAGGAGGACGGCGCGCUAACGGGGAAAACCGAGACGCAGCUGAAGGAAUAUCAGUCCUUCAUGGACCUUCACUUCAGCAAAGAGAAAACCAUCAGCCACAUCCACUGGCAUCCCACCAUCAGCGUAUCUAUGUGCAUCAUCUGUGACAUGGUGGUAUUAUGGGAUAUCUCCGCACAUGUGGAGAGACUGCAGGACACACGCAGCGGCGGCAAAAACAUUUCGAGCAAACUAGACAAAAACAGUGUGACUCCAGUGGUGCGGUACUGUGCUGUAUCUGGGAUAGAGAACGGACACAAAGCCCCGAUCACAGACAUUCAGUGGCUGUCAGAAACAUUUGAGUUGUCCAAAUUAGGGAUCCCAGUGGAAAAUCCGAGUGGUAUUUCUGUUCAGCUGGUGACAUGCGCUCCUGACUGCUGUGUGUUAUUCUGGGACCUUCGGCCUCCUCGUGUUGUGUCUCAGUCCCUCACGGACGUGAAACAGAAAUCGGAGGAAAAGCCUCUGGAAAACCCUCAUGGCAUUCCCAACACGUUCAAACACCUCAACCUGGCCUGGAAACCCUUUAUCCGUGUCUCCUUACCAAAGAUUGGCUCUAGCGGUGAAUACAGUCCUCUGAAGUUCAGCUUGAGGGACAAUACAGUGGACUGUCCUACAGGAGACAGACCUCCACAGAACGCGGAUCGUGAGGAAGGCUGUGGGUUCGCGCAGCUCCGGGUGCCGUCGGCCAAACAGCAGAAACCUCUGGAGAACAUCAGCACCAAGCUGUACGUGGGGACGGAGGAUGGUGAACUCGUUUACACUGACUGGAAAAUGGACAAGGACAACGACUCCGGACGUCUGCUGAGCACUAAACCCAUCCACCGGCUCCUCGUACACGACACUCUGGUGAACACCGUCAGCCGCUCUCCGUUCUUCAGGGACAUCAUCCUGACGGUCAGCAGCUUCAGCUUCGCCAUCUGGAAGGAAGGGGUCACGAGCGGCCCGAUCCUCAUGUCGGCCUGCUCCAAGAUGCUGCGUACGGUGGGUCACUGGUCCCUGUCCCGGCCGGCGGUCUUCUUCAUCGGGAAGGAGGACGGAAGCAUCGAGGUAUGGGACCUGCUGCAAAACAGCCACGAGCCCUCGCAGAGCCAGAACAUCAGCAGCGCCGCCGUCACCUGCAUCAGCACCAGCAGCAUCUCCUCCAAGCAGCAUCUUCUGGCGGUUUCAGACCGUCUCGGGACGCUACACAUCCUACAGAUCCCCUGGACCCUGCGCAGAUCCUCCAACAGCGAGAGGCAGAUUGUGAAGAAGUACUUUGAGAAGGAAGAGGAACGGCUGGAGUAUUUCGAGAAACGCCAGAUCAAACACGAGAAGGAAAAGAAAGAGAUGGAAGCCGAACAACAGAGGAAGAAGACGGAGCCGGCGAUGCCACUGAAACAGGAAGAGGAACUGGAGGCAGAAGCGCUGAAGGAAUACCAACAGUUUCUGGAUCUGGAGAAGGUCAUUUUGAAGAACAUGGGCCUCCUGACCGAGACAGAGGACAGAUCAGACCUGUAAGACAUUAGAAACAUCAUCAUUACACUCUAGAACCACCAAGAAUCUAGCACUUACCAGAUGACCUAAUAACAAGAGUUCUGCUGAUUGUGCCAUUAACACUGGAAGCUUAAUUCAGUUCAGUUCUUGGGGUGGAAAAAAGUCAUUCUGAUUAGAAUGAUGUGAAAACAUCGUUAUUCAUCGUA